AUGGACCUGCAAUCUUUACUGCUUUGUAUACUGUUGGAGGUACUGGCAGUAAAUUGUCUUGACAUUGCACAGGAACGAAUAGUGGGAGGAUACGCGCCAGUUCCACACUCAAUAAAGUACAUUGUGUCGAUACAGACGACAGAACGUCAGCACAUCUGCGGCGGCUCCUUGAUAAAUAAGUACUGGAUCAUCACAGCAGCACAUUGUAACAUUGGGGUAAACAAAAUGAUGAUAGUAGCAGGAGACUACUCUCUGACCAUCUAUGAGGGCACAGAGCAAGAAAUCAUGCCCCAUCUUUUGGUACCCCACCCUGAGUACAACAAGACCACCAACAACAAUGACAUUAUGCUUAUAAAACUGAGGGCCCCGAUCUACCUGAACAGCUACGUUUCCAUCGCUCUGCUGCCCAGGCAGGGCGCCUCCAUAGCGGAGGGCCGAAUGUGUCGAGUGUCAGGCUGGGGAUACACCAGCCCCAGCGGAGGCCAGAUCCCCUCCACCCUCCGCACCGUCAAGCUGCCCAUCGUCUCCACACAAAAAUGCAACAACAGUGAGUCCUUUGACGGCAGCAUCACAGAAAACAUGCUCUGUGCGGGUUUCAGCACUGGUGGGAAGGAUGCCUGUCAGGGGGACUCUGGGGGUCCGCUUGUAUGUGAUGGCCGGGUCUACGGCGUGGUGUCGUGGGGGAGAGGUUGUGCUGAUGCUCAGUUUCCUGGAGUCUACACUGCUGUGUCCACGUACCGCAGGUGGAUAGACAGCACCAUAUUUAGCUACUACAGCAGGUGUGACAAGGAGUAG